GUCCUGGGCCUGGCUCCCCUGGCCCAGACUGGGGAUUUGGGUGAGACUGCUGAGGACUCACUGCUGUCCCACGGAGGGGCAUAGAGCGCCCCUAGCAGGGGGCAGGAGUAGCAACAGACAAAGCAGCGGAAAGCACAUAAUUGGCUCUGCCAAGGCCCUCUGUAAUCCCGUCGGCUUAAUUUAGGACAUGAAUGGAAAGACCUGGAGGGAAAGAACCGGAGAGCAGGGUGAUUUGUUGGGUUUUUUACAUGGGCAAGGGCCCUGGAGAGUUUCUCCUUUCGUUUAUGAAAUCAUAUUCGAUAUUAGCUCUGUGACACUGAUAUAGACACUGGGAAUUGCCAGGGACCUCACGAUACGAUACUUAGGUGCCGAUACGAUGUGUGUUACGAUUCGAUCAUGUUCCAAACAUGUUACUCACCAUGUCUGCCGCAGAGCAACAAGAGGCAGCCAUGAGAAUGAGUUUUGAUCAGUCAUGGAAAUAAGUGUUAAACAAAUUGGCUCUCUAUUUUAGAAAAAGUUAUGGAGGAAAACAUUAUGGCGUUUUGGUGCAGGUAAGACCACUAGUGCAAAAAUAAUAUUGCAAUACAAUAUAUCAUCAAAAAGAACAUCCCCAAAAAAUAAAAUGUAACAAGUCUCCUCCUUUUUGUUGUACAGUCAGUUGCACCUAAGGACUGACAUCACUCAUGUCAAAGUGCAUAAUUCAUGGAUUGGUGUCAUUGUUUUGUAGAGACGGGAGGAGAGGAUAAGGGAGGGGGAGUUGAAUCUCUAAUAGGCUUGUCUAUCGCUGGCAACAGGAAGUAAACACGAAGCAUUGGCUACAUACAGUAUUAAGUAGUGUUAAACUGCCUAAUCUCCUGUCUCGCGUGAGUGUCUGGGUGAGUGUCUGUGAUGUUUGUCUGCUUUUCCCUGGGAUGAGCGAUGGUGACGAGAGGUGGACUCUGCUCCAGCUUCUUAACAACAGCCCUGGACUUUGAGAAGGAGCACAUGAUCACUCCAGUGUUUUCGAGUCUCCCAGGAUGUCUCGGCGGAGCCUGCGUCUGCACACUAUCACUGGUCUCUAUGGCGACGACAGCCUAGACUCUAAUCUGAACCACAAUGUGUACCACGGUGCCUCCUUCAGCGCAGGAGGAGACAGUCGCAGAGAGUCCAAGGGGUUGAAGAGCAGGAGGUCUCAGCAGCACUCUGUCUCCUGCACCCAGUCUCUGCUCAGCACCACGCCCCGUAAGAGCCAGCAUGGCUCCCGGCAGCACAACAGCAGCGUGACAGCCAGUGACGCCUCCAUGCUGGACGAGUCGUGCAUCCAGGAGCGCACGCUGGUCGGCAGCUUCUGGGGUUUGGAUGAAGCUUCUGAAGAUAAAGAGCGGACCAUGGCGGUCGACCACAGUAUGUGUAGGACCAACGGAGACAUUAACUCUGUACAGACCCAGACCUCCAUGGUGAACGGUAGCUUCUGUAAGGACUUCCCUAUCCCCUCGGACAGACAUGAGGCUCUAAGCACCUACUCCUCAUCCUCCACUGGUGCCUGCUCUGCCACCAGCUACCAGGCCCUGACAGCCCCCUGUACGUCCCCUCCCUCCACGGUCUACGCCAGGGACAAGAGCCGCAAGCACAAAACGGGUCUGCUGGUGUCCGUCUCGGACACUUGUGUGCGUGUGAGCAAGAGGGCAGCAGCCUCUGUGGCAUACGUCUUCUCACUGCUCUUAAAGAGUGUACUGAUGAGGACACACAAGAAUGGUGAAGCUCUCUCCAGCUACUGCGGAAGCAUGCAUGUAAAGGAGUUGGGGACUGACGGGAAGCACAUGAAUCUGAUUGGCUCUCUGUGUGAUGACUGCAAACGGAAGCAGCAGGCGGAGACACACGCAACCUACACCACAUGGGCCUCCCGGUCACACCACGUGUUGGGAGCACUGUGGCUCGCCGCUGUUUACACAGGCUCAAGUGUGUUGUGGGUUGGGCAGGAGGCAGGCUCAGCUGUCUGGGCCGUGAUGAGGAGGAUGCUGUCGGUUCCCUGGUUGGCAGUUAGGUCCCCAGGCAAGGCAGCGACGGGGGUCUUCUGGUGGCUUGGGACUGGAUGGUACCAUCUGGUUACCCUUCUCUCUCUGCUCAACGUCUUCGUCUUGACACGUUACCCUGCCAAGCUCCUCAAACUCCUGUUGAUUUUGCUCCCAUUCCUCAUCCUCCUGGCUCUGUGGCACUGGGGUCCGUCCAGCCUGCUGUCUGUAUUGCCUGCCGUUAACGUCACUGAGUGGAGGACGGCCUACUCCCUCAGUUUCACCUCUGCCCAAGCCCAGACCAAAGAUGGGCAGUCCACCAUGACUCCACCACCAGCUGUCUCACAGCCAGGCAGUGUGGCCGUGUCUGUGGACUCUGAGCGCCUGGCCCAGUUGGAGCAGAGGCUGGCCCAACUGUGGGAGAAGGUGGAGGGAGGGGGCCAGAGGCAGGAGCAGCAGCACGGAGAAGUGCUGGGUCUCUACCAUUCUCUACGAGAGCAGCUGAACACCCAGGCGGACAGGGACGGCAUGGGGCUGUGGGUGUCUGGCCUGCUGGAGGAGAGACUCACCCUACUGAGGAGAGAGAUGGAGAAGGAUGCAGUACUGCAGAGGGAACAGGUUGUGGUGCAGCAGCAGGGCCAAGAGUCUCGUCUUGCUCAACUAGAGGUUCUACUGCAGACACUGGCUGCCAAGACAGAGGAGGUGCAGAGGAGGCAAGUUGAGACUGCAAGUGCCACGCCAGUUCCUGCGCCAGUCAGUGAGUCCCAUGAUGCCUUGUUGGCGGAGGUGCAACGGCUGGAGGCGGCACUGGGGAGCAUUAGGCAGGACCUGCAGGGGGUGAUGGGAUGCCAGGGCAUGGGGGACCGCUUGGACCAUCUCCAUGACAUGGUGUCUGCCCAGGUGAGGCGGGAACUGCGGAUCCUGUUCUACGGCAAUGAGCAGGCCGGAGAUUCCGAACCCGGGGAGAAGGAACUCCCUGAGUCGCUAAUGCAGUGGCUCUCUGAGCGUUAUGUGAGCGGGGCAGACCUGCAGGCCUCUCUGGCCUCCCUGGAGCUCAGCAUCCUGCAGAACGUGAGCCUGCAGCUUGAGGAGAACAGGGCCAGGCAGGAGAUGCUCAGCACUGAGACUGUCUCUCAGACCGUGAUGCACACUGUUGGGGCCGGGAUGUCUGAGGAGCAUGUGCAGCUGAUGGUGAAGAAUGCUCUGAAACUCUACUCCCAGGAUCGGACCGGCCUGGUGGACUACGCUCUGGAGUCUGGAGGUGGCAACAUCCUGGGCACUCGCUGCUCUGAGACGUUUGAGACAAAGACGGCACUGAUGAGUCUGUUCGGCCUCCCACUCUGGUACUUCUCACAGUCUCCUCGUGUGGUCAUACAGCCCGACGUCCAUCCAGGGAACUGCUGGGCGUUUCAGGGUUCCCAUGGUUACCUGGUGAUGCGUCUCUCCAUGAGGAUCGUGCCCUCUGCCUUCUCAUUGGAGCACAUCCCCAAAGACCUGUCGCCAACAGGCAACAUCGACAGCGCCCCGCGCCAGUUUAACGUCUAUGGUCUGGAUGAUGAAUACCAGGAGGAGGGUAAGCUACUUGGCAGCUAUACCUACCAGGAGGAUGGGGACGCGCUACAGACUUAUCCCGUCACCGAGGAGAAUGAUAAAGCCUAUCAGACCAUUGAGGUUCGGGUGCUGUCCAACUGGGGACACACGGAAUACACCUGCCUCUACCGCAUCAGAGUGCACGGUCAGCCCAGUAUCAACUGAUGGCACCGAGCAGACCACCCUGCCUACAUUUGAAUGUUCUGCGGAUGACUGGAGGCAUAUUAUGCAAAAAAUGAUUGGAUAACAAUCAGAGCUUUACUAUUGGUUGAAAAAUGUUUCAAGUACAUUUUUCUCAGUCUAUUUAGACAUGAGCUAUACGUAUUCUGGGACCAAACUGGAUUCUUGAGUGUUGAGCCCCUUCUCGCACAUGGUUAAACCAGGUUUUAGCAUGUUCUCUUACAAAUAAUGUAGACGUGUACAUUUUGUCAAUAGUAUGUCAUUUUAAGUCUACUAAUGUCAAAUGCUUUGAAAGAUGUAUAUGCUGCAGUUAUUAAAAUGUUUAUUUUGUUUGUUUUUUAAAGGGAAGUAAGUAAGUUAGGGAUAUCUUGCACUGGUCCCUUCAGCCACAGAAAUCAGGCUUUGACCAUUAACCUUUUAUCAAUAAUCUACAAGUGCCCAGUUGUAAAUCUCAUUAUUUAUUUGUUUGUCCUGAUUUAACAAUCUGUGUACUAUAUUUUUUGUAAAGGCUUUUCAGACUAUUUGUAAAAUUGGCUUGGGACUAUACAGGUGUUUUUUUUAAAUAUAAUUUUAUUUUUGUCUUUUGUAACUUGUAAGAAAUGUUCAAAUAAAGACUUUCAUUUCCA